AUGGCCACCUUAUAUGAUGCGCUCGAAUGUCUCAAGCCGACAACAUGGGGUGCCGUCCCCCAAUCCCCCGAUGAACUCCGCGAAUAUGUCCGCAAUAUCUUCCACCACAGUAGAUUGGUAGCGGAAUCACUACCCGAUCCCCCAUCAUAUGAGACCGAAGGACCCAAUGAUACGUCUGCACCCCGCGUUAUCCCUUCAUCAGCUAGAGUCGGAGAAACAGACCCGGAUAUCAUACCUCUGCAAAAGGAAUGGGGCAAGCCCAUCAAAAUGGGUGGGCCGAGAGAUAAUCCCCUCGGCGUACACGUCUGGAAGCUCUCGGCUAAUGAUGGAGGCGGCUCAUGGUUUGGGAGACGGAGUGUGCACGAGGGUAUGUCAUUUACACGAUGGCAAGAAAAGAUGUCGUCGGAGUAUGAUGAGACUUUGAAGGUCAAUCUGAAGAAGAUUGAGAAGGGUCAAACCCCCGAUAAGAGUAUCCGUGGUAUUGGAGCCGAACGGAAGGUUGAGGUGGUGGAGGUGAAGGAUGAGGAUGGAUCGGAGAUGGCAAAGAUCACCGUCUAUCAUGUUUCGGCGCAGUUCCCGAAGCCCACAGCCCCGCGAGAUUUUGUGACGCUGAUUAUCACAUCGAACAAUGGCUUGCGGAUUGGUGGCACUAAGCAACCUGGUCGGAGCUGGUUGAUGAUUUCUAAGCCUUGUGAUCACCCUGAUAUACCACAUAAGCCGGGGUAUACUCGGGGUGUUUAUGAGUCUGUUGAACUCAUCCGUGAAAUUCCCAAGAAAAGCAGCUCCGGAAGUAGCAGUAGCUCUUCCAGUGCAAAGAGUGCGGAGAAGAAGAGCGAGGGCAGUGGAACUACGGAUGAAUCAACGCAAGGGAAUGACCCCGAAUCGAACCCGGUUGAAUGGAUCAUGGUUACUAGAAGUGACCCAGGUGGUAGCAUUCCUCGAUGGAUGGUGGACAAAGGCACCCCCAAAAGCGUGGGAGCAGAUGCCGCCAAAUUUGUUGAUUGGGCUAUUCAAGAAGACAAGCCCGCAAAACGAGAGAAGAGAUCAGAAGGUGGUGAUGGAGAACCUAGAUCCGGGGAAUCCAGAAACGAAGCCGAAGGCGAUGGUGAAGAAAGCCAGUCUUCUGAUUCAGACUCAGAUUCGGAUCUCACAGACUCUGACGUCCAUUCCCACCACGGAUUAAUCGCCAGUGUCACAGGCUUGGUCAACUCUAGCCUUGAGAGAUACGCACCAGGAGUCCUCGACUACUUCCCACACCAUCAAGAGCCGUCCCGUUCUGUCCCAGGCGCAUUCGGCACUUCCGACGAGACCACAGACGAUACCGAAGUUCGCAGCUCGAAGUCAUCCCGCACAAAAGCUUCCCACGAUGCGUCGUCGACUACAGAGAAAGAAACUGAACGAGCCUCACUGGCCUCAGGGCACUCCACAUCAGCCACACCAAUGGUAGAAGAAGUGGUACAAAGCAAUAUCCCACCAACUGAACUAAUGGAAAUGAGCAAGAACGGUAAAUUAAGCUCCCAUGAAAAAGAACUCGCCAAACUAGCCCUCCGCAAGCGCGAAAUCGAACGUAAACUCGAGACCGUUCGCUCGGAGCUGGAAACACACACCACCAUACAAAGCGGCCUCUUAACUCCUACAAAAAAUCACAACGACGUCGACAGCGAUACAGGCGUGAUGAUCAAGCGGGCAGCAGAGAACAGAUUCGGAACGCCGAGCAGUUCGACAAGGCAAAGUCACCAACGUAGUGCUAGCAGCGAUGGUCAGGAAGCUGUACAAAUGCGGACUCCUACGCCUGAACCACUAGCACAAAUGCACAAAGUAUCUGCGCAGCUUAUUACUGAAGAAGGCAAGCUGAUGAAGCAGCUUCGCAAGGUUGAAGCUAGUCAGUUGAAAGUUGCUUCGAAGAUUCAAGCUAGUCAGCGGAAAGAUGCUUCGAAGAUCGAGGCUCGACAGCGGAAGGACGCCGAACGCUCGGAGAAGUCUAAGUCGAGAUCUGAGGUUGAGGAUUUACGACAGGAAGUGAAGGACCUGAAGAAGGAGGUGAGCAACCUGCGUGCUGAGCGCCAAAAGUGGCUUGAUAUCAUUGCUUCUUUGCAAGCGGAGAACACGAAGUUGGUUGCAACGGGGGGUUCGGUGGAUGGGUCUACUUGA